AUGUCGCUGUCUAUGCCUGGACCUAGCCAGGCGGGUCUUUUCAAGCCCGGAUAUCAGAGUCACGACGCAGAAGAUGGCGCCGUCAUCCGUAACAUCGAGGCCUGCCAGGCCAUCUCCAAGACGGUCCAGACGUCGCUUGGUCCCUACGGCCGCAACAAGAUCGUGAUCAACCACCUGCAGAAAAUGGUCCUGACGUCGGACGCCGCUACCAUUCUCCGCGAGCUGGAUGUCGUGCACCCUGCCGCUAAGCUCCUUGUCAUGGCCAGUCAGCAGCAGGAUGCGGAGGUGGGCGAUGGUACUAACCUGGUGAUCAUCCUGGCGGGAGAGUUGUUGAAGAAGGCCGAGGAAUUGCUGCGGAUGGGAUUGAAGACUAGUGAUAUUACCCAGGGUUACGAGAAGGCACAGAAUUAUGCUUUGAAGGUACUAGAAGAACUCGAGGUCGAUCGCUUGAAGGAAAUGCGCUCUCAGACGGAACUCAGCAAGGCUCUCCGUACAGUGGUCGCGAGCAAACAGUCCGGAACAGAGGACCUCUUGGCAUCAUUAGUCGCGGAGGCAGUUCUCGCCGUUCUACCCAAGAACCCCGUCAACUUUAAUGUCGAUAACGUCCGUGUGGUGAAGAUCAUGGGUGGUAGCUUGGAACAAUCGCGCGUGAUCAAGGGUAUGGUCUUCGGCAGAGAGCCGGAUGGUACCAUCAAGAAGGCCCGCAAGGCCAAGGUCGGCGUGUUCAGCUGCCCCAUUGAUAUCUCCCAGACCGAAACCAAGGGCACUGUGCUCUUGAAGAACGCUCAAGAGAUGCUCGACUUCUCGAAGGGCGAGGAGGACCGCCUGGAGGCCGCUAUCAAGGAGCUCUAUGACUCCGGCCUUCGCGUUGUCGUUGCUGGCUCCUCUGUCGGUGAUCUGGCUUUGCACUACCUCAACCGGUUCAACAUCCUCGUGAUCAAGAUUCUCUCUAAAUUCGAGCUGCGCCGGCUGUGCCGUGUUGUCGGUGCUACGCCGCUUGCUCGUCUGGGUGCCCCGAUGCCCGACGAGAUGGGUAGCGUUGAUAUCGUUGAGACUACGGAGAUUGGAGGUGACCGCGUGACCGUUUUCCGCCAAGAAGAUGCCAACACCGUCACCCGGACCGCUACUAUCGUCCUGCGUGGAGCGACUCAAAACCACCUCGACGACGUCGAGCGUGCCAUCGACGACGGUGUCAAUGCCGUCAAGGCCAUCACCAAAGACCCCCGUCUUGUUCCUGGCGCUGGCGCUACUGAGAUCCAGCUCGUGGAGAAGAUCUCUGCGUUUGCUGACAAGACCCCGGGGUUGCCGCAGUACGCCAUUCGCAAGUACGCUGAAGCCUUUGAGGUCAUCCCCCGUACUCUUGCGGAAUCCGCCGGCUUAGAUGCCACCGAGGUUCUCUCUCGUCUCUACACAGCUCACCACCGCACAAACACAGGUGCCGAGUCGGAGGAGGAAUCGGAAGAAGGCAGCUCUGAGGAGGAAGAGCCCUACUGGACUACCGGUGUUGAUCUGGAGGCCGGCUCCUCGACCGGCACUUUGGAUGCCGUCGACGAAGGCAUUCUGGAUCUGAUGGCAUCUAAGAGCUGGGCUAUCCGCCUCGCUAGCGAGUCUGCCCGGACAGUUCUCAGUGUUGAUCAGAUCAUUGUUGCCCGACAGGCAGGCGGACCCAAGCCGCCGGGUCCCAACCCCAACUGGGAUGAGGAUUAA